GUCCGAUGUUGACAUUUAACAAAAAUUUUAAAUUAUUCUUUCCAUAUCACACAUUCAGCUUUGAAAUUGUGACAAAAUAUUUGAAAGAUGGUUGAAAUAUUCCUAUACUUACAUAUUGUCUUCAACUGACGGAAAGUCAUUCGCGAGCGGUAAGCGUCCUCUACUGUAGAGUAUACACAAUAUACCAGUAGGGUUUGAAGUCUGGCUAUAUGGCUGUUCGGACUGGGAAACGAAAACUAUGCCAAUUUGUUGUUAGCGUUUGUGUUUUUACACUGAGCCCUGGAGUUAUCUCGCGGUUGUUAUCUAAUCUCGUCUACCAUUGCUCCACCAGGCCAUAUUUUUUAGUGAUUAUCAUACAUAAGAUAAGAUGUUAGAACUGCAAAAUCUGUAUGGAAAUGAAGACAUUGACAAAAGAAAUAAAGACUGAAGUUGCAGAAAAGUAGUACUGAUAACACGACUGAUUUACAGACUGUGAUUACAGUACAAUGGAAGACAUUCUCACCAAUAACAAGGAUCAGGGAGAAAGCCCCAAUCAAACAAGUUCUGUUGACUCACUCUCUUGUGAUACAGUACUCACUGAGGGUGCUUGUGAAGGAGUGGAGGGAAAGCGACGGGAACACCGAUACAGUACAAGUUCUGAUGUAACUGUAGAGGGAGUGAGUAACAGUGAAAGUGUCAGCACUCUUGAGCUGUGUGAUAGUGGCGAGCAGACUGACAAACAAUCUGGCGACUCCGAGUCUAAUAUUGCCCGACCUGAUAGCUUGUGUCUACCCAAACCACUACAGCAGUAUGAACGAAAGAGAAGUAAAAGUGACGGACAAAAUCAAUUGGCCUCCUACAUCAACAACGGUACCAAUGUAAUUACAGAGUGGAGGAGUUGUAGGUCAGCCAGUACUACAGAAGAAAUUCCAGUGAAAAAAGAUCCCGAAUUUGAAAAUAUUGAGGAGACAAUGCUGUCAAAGAGUAUGCCACAUGGAACCAUAGUAAGAAAAGGAGAAAUGAUUGAGUUUAUAGUUGAUGAUUUACAGGAGAAAAUCAGAAGGAGUAGCCCUUUAACCAAAACAGAUUCCAGUGGUUUGAGCAGCAGAACCUCCAGUCUUCGAAGCAUAUCUAGUGUUAACAGCAUGUCAAGUUCUUCAUCUGCCAUGGCCACAAGUAGUCUCAUGCAGCAAAGUCCUGAUGACAUUCCUCCCAUUGAUGCCAGUGCAAUCCUGGAGUUGGAGGCACAUGCCCGACGAGUAGCUGAUAGUGUGGACCUCAUGAUGGGCAACCUCAGGUCUAACUUACAUAAGAUGUCUGCCAUAACCGUAGGAUGUCUGGAUGCCUAUAAAACUUCUGUUGAUGUUACCUGUGAUUCUGUGGAUAGCAGUAUUAAGGCAAUGUAUGCUCUGAUGGCAAAGUGUGAGGAGCUAAAUAACAACAUGGGGCCUGUAUACAGACUAGGGGACCAAAUUAAGGAAAUCAAGAGGCUACUGGACAGGUUUGAGUCCCAGCUAACAGACAACACGUCUUGACAUCACUAAUAGCAGUAGCAAACUACUGGCACCUUGUCAAACUGUAGAGAACAGUGACUUGUUUGCUGCAGUAUCCUGUGGUGAAUUCAGACCAUGAAUUGCCCACCUAAUCUGUGCAAUAUCUACAUUUAUUAUUACGUUGUACUCCAUAAUGAAAAUAUGUAUUGUCUUGUAGUCAUAUGUCAAUUUUCCAUUUUCUAUGUCAUGUGACUAGGUAUUUUGCUUACCUUGUAAAUCAUAUGUAACAAUAAAUAAAUUUUCUCUUUUCAUAAUUGAAAUUGAUUUCCCAUCAGUUAAGAACAUUCACAAGCUCUAACUAGUAAUCAUAAGACUUCUAUCAGCUCAAAUGUCCUAUAAUGAAUAAUUUAUCAGUCCUUAUGUCCUCCAGUGAUGGAGUAUUCUAUAAGAUCAAUGACCACCAGUGUUGGAAUAUUCUUUCAUACCAACUGUGCAUGAGCUCUUAAAAAUUCUUAUCUAUUAAUGCUGUAUAAUUUAAUAUGAAUAUAACUGUACACAGCAUUUCCUGCCCAGCUUAAAACUCCCUCAUAAUCUUUCAUUCAAAAUUUGCAUUCAUAUCGGUUUUUCAGAAAAUAUAAUCAAUACAUUUUUUCUUCUUGAUACAUAUAACUAUAUCUGCCAUAUGUAAUUUGCACCAAAACUUUUCUAAACAAAUGACAUCAAUAUAUAUGUAAGCAAAAGAGUAGAUAUCUUGUGAUGUUACAAAUGAACAGUCAUACAUACAUAUUGUCAUGUUAUAUUUAUUUGUGUUUUCCUGUUAAAAGAAGUGCUUAAAAGCUGAAAUGUUUAAUACAAUGUCAGAAUAUAUUAUCAAGCUCUUUGUAAUGAUUUUGUAAUGAUGAUGUUCAAUAAAUUUACAAGUUACAAGUA